AUGACCGCGGCCACCGCGCCGUCGCCAUCACCAGCACCUUCCGCACAACACGCACACACUCCCACGCGUCAAUCCCCCAUCGCUCCGGACGCAGCAUCCCCGUCGCGUCGUCACGAUGGCGCUUCUGGCUCAGCAUCCCCUGCCAAGCUGACAGGUACCUACACCGCCAGCAGUCUAGGCACCUUGUCCAAGCCUAUCGACCUCGCCUCGCCCCCUGCUUCACCCACCUUGGCUGCCACGACCGUCGCCGCAUCUGACACCGUCGCGUCCGAUUCGACGCGUCCUCAGCAACAGUCAUCAUCAUCACCCUCUGCGAGCACAUCUUCGCAAACAGCGAAUAUAGCGACGUCCGGCGCUAAUGCAGGAGCAGCGUCGUCACCGGCAUCAACGACCCUGCCUCCACCGCCAUUCGGCAAAACGCUAGCAACGACGGGCCGUCUCCUACCCCCGACACCUCUUGGUCACGCCAGCGACCGACUCUCCUCAGCAUCCUCUUCGUCGUCAGCCACAUCGACGCCAUCAAAGCCGGUCCAUCUGCCUGCGCCGUACAAAGCACCUCGAGCUGCGCAGAGCGGCGCGUCAGAGUCUUUUGCUACCGCCUAUCCAACCCAGGAGACGCGUCAGAAGUAUGCUUCGCCCUCCAAGCCGCUUCUCUCGGCAGCCUCAGGGCCUACGCUCUCGCAUAAGCGCUCUUGGCAGUCGUCCGGCUCCGUCGACCUAUCCAACAAGAAGUAUCGUCCUGCUGCGGCUGGCAUCUCAUCUCCCGCACCAGCCGCCUCGCCUUCGCCGUCGCCUCUGGGCGGCUCUGGCAUGGCAGCUCUUCCUGCUACUCCCAAAACAGGCUCGAGCACCGCUGCUGCCCGUGCUAUUGCAUCCAUCCCAUCAUCAUCAGCAUCGGCACCCAGCAGAGCCAACAACGUCACCGUCACCAAUAUACCCAAGCCUGGCAGCUCCAUUUCCAACCAAGCAAAUGUAGGGCCGCUCAACUUGAUACCCACCGUCUCCGGAGCAGAGCUCUCCGCAAACGUCAAGGACGAAUACUUGUCCUUGCUCCAAAAGUCAGAGCUCAUCGACCUGGUCAAGCAGCUCGAAAAGCAACUCCAUGACCUCAUCAAUGCCCCCACCGGUGCUUCCACGCUCUACCGACAAGCUCGCGUCUAUCCCAACCAGAUCCAUGUGCAGAUCGACAGACUCAAAGCACGGCAGCGCAUCGAGGCAUCCACCACUACUUCGUCGUCAGAUCUCAGCCUCAAAGAUGUCUAUUCACUGCUCAAUGCGAGUGGUCUGGCGUCCAACGGCCCUGCUUAUACCCGCACUGCUGGCACUGCGCCUCGAGGUGCUGCGUCGACAUCUUUGCUCACCGGUCGACCUGCAUAUACCCCUCCUACGGUGCCGCGUCGACCUUUGCCCACGUCAUCAGCCGGUCCUUCGACAGCAAAGGGUGCGUUGACUGGACAAAAGCAGGCCGGCAAGGAUACCGUCAGCAACUUGAUCAACUCGAUCAACGCAAUGGUCCGUCAGCAAACGCAACCUGCUCGUGGUCCCAACGGUGCGCCUCUUCUUCCAGCGCAGACGCCCUUCACCAGCUCGACGCCUUCCACUGCAGCCGGUAAAGCACGUUCGAUGGCUGGCACGACUCCCCAAAUCACACCUGCCGCGUUGCGCAGCAUUGUCGGAGAUGGGCCGAUGCCAUCCAACGCUGCUUUGGCAGCUGCUAUCGCUGCACACUUCGGCGGCAGCAUGCCGGCUAAUGCGGCCGCUUCGACGCGGUCUGCACCAGCAACGUCGAGUUCACCUUCGAAGUCAGCGCCGACUGCCGGUGCAGCUGCCAACACCGCCGACGUCGCGCCUUCAGCAAGUCCUGUCAGCAAGGACAUUUCCGACAAAAUUGCCGCCAUCCUCGGCUCGUCUUCGUCGACGCAAACCACCAUGCUUGGACCUCAGGGUCUACCGCUGGCUCCUGCCACACCGGCUCCUGGUGCAAUGCCAAUCGGCAACAUCGCUGCAAUGCUGUCUGACCUUGCCGGACAGUCCAGCGUGCCCGGGGCCUCAGCUGGCUCACCCAGCGCAGGGGCUCGAACGGGCACACCCGCUGCUCAAGGCCAGGAAAGCGCUCUGUCCAGCCUGUUGCAACAGCUCGAGGAGGCCAAAAAGAGGAUGCCAGCACAAGCGGCGUCGUCUCCGGCAUCGUUCGAUUCUGCGCAAGCAUCCAGCGGUCCCUCGGCAGUCAACGACCCGAUUGCAAUCUUGACAGGUGCCAGCGCCAACCCGCUCUUCACUCCAACGUACGCAAGCGCGGCCUCUUCCCCUAUCAUGGACGGCCAAAGCGCGGCAUCGUGGUCGCCAGAGCCGCAGCCCGUCAUCGUCCAAGGGCCUUUGGGCACGAGCACGUUGCCUUCAUACGAGGACAUGAUCGUCGAAGGUCUGCGCGUCAUGGGUCAAGCUCCACCACGGACACUCUUCAACUGGAUGCAGGAUACAUAUCCGCUCAUGAAGAAGUUUCGACCCUCUGCGCAUCAAGCGCUGCAAAAGGCGUUCAAGCGUGGCAGGCUGCUCAAGACCGGAAGUCUGUAUCGCAUCAACCCCUCGUGGUCGGAUCCUGGCGAGUCGAGGAAGCCCACACGCAGGCCGCAGGUGGGACGCGACCAUCCCAUGGUCACGCCCGGUCUCAAUGGCGAGGUGCUUGCUGUCAGCCCGCUCAAGGACAGCCAAGCCUACCGCAAUGUUGGCGAUUCUGGUCUCCGCGCCAUGAGCAAAGGUGCGCGGCAAGGACCUCGGCCAUACGGUCAGCCUGGUGCCGCGCCUCUGGCUAAUCCAGCGAGCACCAUCUUCCCAAGCGGUUCGGCGACCGAGAUUUUGCUCGAGUAUCAGAAGCGCAUCGGCAAGAAGAUCGAGCCGGACUCGGUGCGGUAUCUCUACCAGCUCAUUCGCUCCGGCCCCAGCGAUGGCUCCAUGGAAGAGAUGCUGGCGCACAUGCUUACACAGACAGGCUAUCACGAUGCAGCCGCCGAGGCUACGGCUGCUGCAGCUGCCCAGACAGCUGCGGCUGCGGCUGCCGCCAGCAUGCCCUCCUACCCUCGACCGGGUACAGGCAUACCGGCGACGAUGGCAACGGGCAUGUCCUCGCCGUCGUCUAUGUUCGCGAGAACAGGCGCGACACCUCAGCGCAGAAUGCCAGCAUCUUCUGCGGCUACGGGUCCCACCUCUCUCCCUCUCCCGUCGACGAGCGAGCCCACAAUGAUGCAGCAGCUAGCCAGCAUGCUGAACGACCUCAGCUCACCCAUCAACCCGGUACUCGCCAACUCGCUGCUCGGUCAGUUGAGCAGCAAUGCGGCUGCGGCCGCUGCAGCCAGAGCGGCCAGCAUGCCUGGUAUGGGUGCAGCGCCGCCUCUUCCUGCGGCUCCCUCCAGGGCUGUUCCACCUGCGUCAUCCGCCGCGUCGUCGCAGCUCGCCUCGGCGCUGUCGAGCCUCACAGGUCAAGCACCACAGCAGGAUCUCGACUCGGCAGUGUCCGAGACGCUUGCGGCUGCACUGCAGCAGAUCGGUGGUCCCCAGACCGCUGCUCCCGUUCCAUCCGAGGCGGCCGAGAAAGUGCCAGCGCCCAAGGCUGUGGACGCCGCCGAAGGCAAGGAAGGCGAAGAGGGCAUCGACCUGGCCGAGUACGAGGACGCCAUCCGCGCCCUCACCUCGGCCUUCGGCGACGGUGGUGAGGACGCUGGUUCGGACGAAUCUGAUGCGGAAGCGGACGAGCGCGCCAUUGCUGCUGCUGAGGCAGAACCGGACUCGGUCGACGAGCCCGGACAAGCUGUCCAGGCUCCUCAGAAAGAUGCAGCCGAGCAGGAGCAGGCGGAGGCAGGUGAAGCGGAGGAAGACGAGGACGAGGAAGACGAAGCGGAGGGAGGCGAGCAGAUGGAUCUCACUGCGGUGUUGCAACAGCUGACGGCCUCACUGCAGGCUCACGGCGAGAUUGCGCCCGAUACUCAGGGCGAGGGCGACGUUGAAAGCGCAGCAGCUAAAACGGAUCAAGCGGACGAACAGCCUUCGCUCGACAAGGAGGGCGCUAACAAGCAGACCAGCGAUAGCAUGGACGUCGAUGCGCCUACGAACGAGACCGCCAACGUCGAUGGCGAGACUGCAGAGGUCGAGGGCGCAUCAGAAGAUCCAGCAUCACUGCAAGCUCAGCUGGAAGCACUCGUAGCCAGUCUCGCUGCCAAUGCGGAGGAGGCCGACGAGGAAGACGACGACGAUGAUGACGAUGAGGAGGAAGAGUAG